AUGACUGGCAAAUCACAGACCAGCAAUGUUACCAAUAAGAAUGAUCCCAGAUCCAUCAAUUCCAGAGUCUUCAUUGGCAACCUCAACACAGCCAUUGUGAAAAAAGCUGAUAUAGAAGCUAUUUUUGCAAAAUAUGGAAAAAUAGUUGGCUGCUCUGUGCACAAAGGAUAUGCGUUUGUACAGUACUUGAGUGAAAGGAAUGCACGCGCUGCAGUGGCGGGGGAAAAUUCCAGAAUAGUUGCGGGACAACCCCUCGAUAUCAAUAUGGCUGGUGAGCCCAAGCCUUACAGACCCAAAUCUGGUACCAAACGCCCUCUGUGUGCUCUGUAUGGCAGUGGUUACGACUUUGACUAUGAUUAUUAUAGAGAUGAUUUCUACAGUAGGAUGUUUGACUACCAUGGCCGUGUCCCUCCACCUCCUCGUGCUGUCAUACCAAUAAAGCGUCCGCGUAUCACAAUACCCGUCACACGCAGAGGCAAAGGUGGUUUCCCCAUGAAAGGAGGUCCACGAUCUACAAUCACAGGGACUGCUUCUACAGGACCAAAGUUGAAAUCAGAUGAGCUGCAGACAAUCAAGAAGGAACUGACCCAAAUCAAAAACAAAAUUGACUUCUUGCUGGGAAGACUGGAGAAGAUUGAGAAACAACAAAAGGCAGAUGCCGAGUCACAGAAGAAGCAGCUUGAAGAAAAUUCAGAGUCUGCACAUGAAGAAUCCAUAUCAGAGAAUGCAGAAACCUCCACAGAGGAACAAGUGGAAGGGGGCCCUGAUAUUGAUGCAGACGGGGAAGAGAUGACUGAUGGUAUUGAAGAAGAUUAUGAUGACGUUGGCAGCAAUGAAAUGACAAUGGACAUGCCACCAGCAUCCAAAGAUCAAUAACUGGAGCUCCAUGAAUAUGCAUCUUCAUAAUCAGACUCCAUUUCCCACUUCCUCCAAUUUGCAACAUCUUUGCACACCAGUUUUCAGAAAGUGUUGGUGUAAAAUUAAGAGUUACAGUGUUGCUAUACAAUAUGUUAAACCAAUUAUCUGGGUUUACUCUGAACUCUGCAUACCUGUGCAGGAUUCUUAAUGUUAUUUAAUAUUCUACAUCAUUCAUGAGUUUGACAAUUGUAUAUAUUUAAGGAUGAUCAAUGUAUUUCUAAAGAUUAAUUAAGAGUAAUGGCUACUUAAUGAUGUUAUAGUGAAUGAAAAUGGAUUUUUUUUACAUAUGUAACAUAUUGUAUGUCAUCUUGCAAAUCCAGAGUUAAGAUGAACAUUUGUGCUACAGAAUUUCUGCAGAUAGCAUUUGUCAGUACACUGAAGGAUGAGAUAUAUAAACAGCUGCAGAGAUUCAGUCAUAAUGCAGCAGAAUUGUCAAGAAACGAUUCUCCCUGUUUAUAAGCACAUACUGUGAUAAUGUUGGUUGUGUUCUUGGCAUUUUGAAAAUGUCAUUGUGUCACUUGUGAAUAACAUUAACACAAGAAAAAUCUUGGACUCUUUCACGAUCAAUCAGUUGGAAUUUGAUCCUCAAAGCUAGAGCCAUCCUCUUUUAUUCAAAAUCCUGUCAUUACACUUGUGCAUGUUAAUUCAUCUCUAUCUCUCUCUGUCAGCUUUAAUUUUACCUCUGACUUACUUCUAGUAAUUUCAACAGCAUUGAUUGUUUAAAUAACAAAAAAAUCUGCAAAAAUAAUUGUUAUACUUGUAAUUGAUCCAAAAAAUGGCAUUGAUGGAAAACUGAAUAAAU